UCUUCCACCAAAGUAGGCAGUCUUCAUACGGAUUCUAAUGACUACUUAGAUCAAGUCAUAUGAGUUAGUUUGACUAAGUCACCCAAUAAUAAAAAUAAAUAAAUAAAUAAAUAAUAAAAAUCAAAUCUUUUCUUCACUAGCUUAAAACCCCUUUAAAUUCUCUUCUCAAAACAAUAAUUUUCUCAUCCAAUCUUUCAAAAACUACUUCUACCCUUUUCUCCAUUUUCCCCAUAAAUCUCUUUUUAAUAUAUAUACAUAAAAGAGAAAAAGAAUGAAUUGGCAAUCUAAAGCUAACAUCUUUAUCAUCAUUAGAGGCUUUAUUAUCUUACUCUUCACUUGCUUAAUAAGUACUAUUAAGAUAAACCUUUGUUUCUCAAACACUCUUCCUCUUCUUCUUCAUAAUCAUAAUAAUCAUGAUCAUGAUCAUUUGAAGACACUUGAGUUUGAUGGGCAUUUGAGUUUUGAUGAUGUUGAUCAUGCAUCCAAGGAUUUUGGCAACAGAUUUCAGUACCUUCCCUCAGCUGUUCUUUACCCGAAAUCGGUAUCGGAUAUAGCCACUCUUGUGAAACAUGUUUGGGAAAUGGGGAUGACAACAGAGCUAAGUGUUGCAGCCAGAGGACAUGGUCACUCACUCCAAGGACAAUCACAAGCUCAUAAAGGUGUUGUCAUAAAUAUGGAGUCACUUAGUGAAAACAAAAACUCUGUUAUGUAUAUUCAUAGUGAUGGAGAAUUCUCUUAUGUUGAUGUUUAUGGUGGUGAGCUUUGGAUUAACAUAUUGCAUGAGACUUUGAAAUUUGGUUUAACACCAAAAUCAUGGACUGAUUAUCUUCAUCUCACUGUUGGUGGAACUCUCUCCAAUGCUGGAAUUAGUGGACAAGCAUUUAGACAUGGUCCCCAGAUCAGCAAUGUCCUACAGCUACAAGUUAUUACAGGUAAAGGAGAAGUGGUGAAUUGUUCAAAAGAAGAGAAUAGUGACUUGUUUCAUAGUGUUCUUGGUGGACUUGGUCAAUUUGGUAUCAUAACAAGAGCAAGAAUAUCACUAGAACCAGCUCCUUCAAUGGUGAAAUGGAUUAGAGUUCUCUAUUCGGAUUUCGAAACCUUUACAAGAGAACAAGAGAGUUUGAUCACACAAGAUCAGAACAACAGUUUUGAUUAUAUUGAAGGGUUUGUUAUCAUUAACAGAACUGGUCUCUUAAACAAUUGGAGAUCAUCUUUUAAUCCACAUGAUCCUUCUCAAGCUAGCCAAUUCAAUUCAGAUGGAAAAACUCUUUUUUGUUUAGAAUUGGUUAAGUAUUUCAACAAGGACAAUAUAGAUAUGGUAAAUCAGGAAGUGGAGAAAAUGUUGAGUAAAUUAAAGUAUAUAAAGUCAACACUGUUCAUAUCAGAUGUUAGUUAUGUUGAUUUUCUAGACAGAGUUCAUGUAUCUGAAGUCAAAUUAAGGUCAAAGGGAUUAUGGGAAGUACCACAUCCAUGGCUUAAUCUUCUUAUACCAAAAACCAAAAUUCAAACUUUUGCUCAUCAAGUAUUUGGCAAUAUCUUAACUCAUACAAGCAAUGGUCCAGUUCUCAUCUACCCAGUCAACAAAUCAAAGUGGGACAACAGAACAUCAGUAGUUAUCCCAGAAGAAGAAGAAGAAGAAAUCUUCUACUUGGUGGCAUUCCUUAGCUCAGCUGUACCCUCAUCAAGAGGAAGAGAUGGAUUAGAACAUAUUCUAAAACAGAACAAGAGAAUUCUAGAGUUUUGUGAAAAAUCCAAUCUUGGAGUAAAGCAAUACCUACCACAUUAUACCACUCAACAACAAUGGAGAGCCCACUUUGGUCCACAAAAAUGGCAUAAAUUUACACAAAGAAAAUCAACUUAUGACCCUUUAGCCAUAUUUGCUCCUGGCCAAAGAAUAUUUCAAAAAGGCAAAUCUUUAAUACAAUUCUCAUGACAACCAUGCUUUUAUACAACAGUAAGUAAUUAUUGAUUAGUAUUAAUUAGUUAGUUGAGAUUUUUGUAAAGGGUUUAAGUAUUAAUCAUAGUUGGAAAAGGGACUUGGAGAACAGCCGUCCUUCCUAUAGACCAUGUAAAUAAAUACCAUAUAUAAAUAUAAAUAUAUCUAUAUAUAUGUCAAUUUUGUAAAGUUUAAUAACAAAUAUUAAUGUAAUGUGUACUACUCAAUCUCUAUACUUUAUAAAUGCAUACUAUUCUUCUUCUUCUCCA